AUGUCCGCACCGACGACACCGACAAGGAAACGACAGCACGCGCCCGACAGGGAACACCUCCAGCCCGCCGAGGACUUUGGCGUGACCCUGUCGCCCGAGGCGAUCGAGCUCGCUAGCGACCCCGCCCGGCUCGCGCGCGCAUACGGCGGAAGCGGGAUUGUGGACGUACUCAAGAACCGUGUCGCACUCGUGUGCUCGCUGUGUGCUACGACUGGUGGCCUCCUCUUUGGAUUCUUCCCCGAGGUCGACCCCGCCGUCACCUCCUCGGCGAGCCUGAACAAGGGCGUCAUGACUGCGCUUCUCGAACUAGGCGCGUUCAUCGGCGCCCUCAUGGCUGGCUUCACGGCGGAUAGGUGGUCGCGCAAGGUCGCCAUCGCCAUUGGCGUGGCAUGGUUCAUCAUUGGCUCGACUCUGCAAACGGCGUCCUUUGGUCUCGCGCAACUAAUCGUCGGUCGAUUUAUCGGUGGCAUCGGCGUCGGCGUCCUCUCGACCACGUCGCCAACCUACAUCUCUGAGAUUGCACCGCCCAACGUGCGCGGCGCCAUGCUCGCGCUCCAAGAGUUUGCCAUCGUCCUCGGCAUUGUCGUCAUGUACUACAUCACCUACGGCACGCGGCACAUUGUUGGCGAGUGGUGCUUCCGCCUCCCGUUCCUGAUCCAGAUGGUGCCCGCGUUUCCGCUCGCGGUCGCGCUCCUCUUCUUCCCAUACUCGCCCCGCUGGCUGGCGUCGAAGGGCCGCGACGGCGAGUGUUUGGCGUCUUUGUCUCGCCUCCGCCGUCUCCCCACGACCGACCCCCGUCUGCAGGCCGAGUGGCUCCAGAUCCGAGCCGAAGCGUGCCGCAACCGCGAGGCACUGAUCAACCGGCAUCCGACUCUGCAGGGCGACAGUUUCGGGCAGCAGCUCAAGCUCGAGAUUGCGAGCUGGGCAGACAUGUUCAAGCCGGGCGCCAUUCGACGCACGUUGAUCGGAAUGGCCAUCAUGUUCUUCCAGCAGUUUUCGGGCGUUAACGCGUUGAUCUACUACUCGCCGACGCUCUUCGAGCAGCUCGGCCUCGACUAUGAGCUCCAGCUCACGCUCAGCGGUGCACUCAACGUGUCCCAGCUCGUCGCUGUGAUCCCCGCCAUCUUCUUCCUCGACUACAUCGGGCGAAAGAAGCCGCUGAUCGCGGGAGCUAUCGGCAUGACGGUGUCACACUUUGUCGUCGCGGGCAUGAUUUCGCGUGGCCAAGGUGACUGGGCCCACCACGGCGUCGAGGCCUGGGUCGGUGUCGGGUUCAUCAUCUUUUGGAUGAUCCCAUUCGGGAUGUGCUGGGGUACUGUCCCCUGGGCACUGCCUAGCGAGAUCUUCCCCAGCAGUCGCCGUGCCAAGGGUGUCGCGCUUACAACGUGUACACACUGGUUUAGCAACUUCAUCGUCGGCCUGAUCACGCCACCACUCGUCAGUGGGACGGGAUACGGCGUGUUCAUCUUCUUUGGCGUGUUCUGCUUCCUUGGCGGCGUCUGGGCCCUCUUCUGUGUGCCCGAAACCAAGGGCAUCAGUCUCGAGCAGAUGGACCACGUCUUUGGCGGACACACUGCACGCGACGACCUCACUGCCAAGGCGGAGAUUACGCAGGUACUUGCUGGACCUCGACGCUUGCCUAGCAUGUCGGGCUCCGAGGAGAAGGUCCACGACCACGACGACAAGCACGCGGAGACGGACUGGGUCGAGCGUGUGUGA